AUGGAUCUGGACCUUCUAAGCUGGGCUGGAAAGUGCCACCGCUCCCGCUUCGCAGUGUUAUCCGCAAGGCAACGUGAAGACGUCCUGAAACGAAAACGUUCAGAAGCGGCGUUAGAGCAAGUCAGGGGUGAAGGGGGCAAGUUUGCUGCUCCUCCGCCAAAGAGGAAGCUUGCUUCAAGACCAGCCACAGUCAGGAUAAGCCGGGAAGCUGAACUCGUUCAGGAAAGAUACGACGCUUACAUUGCAGCAACUCAAGCUCAAUUUGCUUCCCUCAAAGCCGAACACACCGAGCAGCUGCAAAGGUUGCAAAGAAGGAUUGCACAGCAGCACAAACAGUUGCUGACGAUCCGCCUUGAGCACAAGCGUCAGCUGAAGCGGCAAGAGACAACCAGACCUGGGGUAGCUAGAGGAAGGAAGAAGAUACAGGGUGGUAAUAGUAAACCUACUCUGAUCAAACUAGCUAAGGCAGUAGAAAACUUGCUAUCUUUCCUUUUCUCUACCGCUAAAACCCGUCAAUCUGCUCUCUACCAACACUACCUCCGCAAUCCGCAGGAUUACCGCCUCAUCCUAGACGAGGCUGUAAACAAUCAGGAGGUCUUUCAAAGGAGUUGCAGCUUGCACCCAGACUGGUUACGUCCGCACCAGCAGGCAGUUGUGAAAGCAAUAGAGGACGCUUGGACAUUGGAUCUGUGCUUAGCCAUCCAGAUCCACUGCAAAGUCGGACACUCUGAGAAGUGGCAAUACUUGAUAAACCUCCUGAGCAAAACCUACAAUUCUCAGCUCAAGCAGUGGGUUCCUCGGGAGAUUUUAGGGAAAGGUAGCAAGGUGUUCUUACCGCUGCUCAAGUCCAAGAAUAGGGUAAACAGCCACAGGGAGGAGCUGCACGCCAUCAUUCCCUUGAUCCAGAACAAGGACGGCACCGCAUGCUGGGCUAACCUGCUGCAGCUGAUUGAGGAGGCUGUGCGGCUGGACAGAGCCAAGGGGUACCUGCAGAGCAGAGUGCACCUGAUCAGAGACCGGCUGUGGAUCCAUUGGGGCGGGGACGCUGCGGGGUGGGUGCGGGGAAUGUCCCACAGCAUAUGGGGCUUCAAGCUCCUAGGCAACCAGCGAGUUGUCACCCACUCCCCAAAAGACAUGCGGGUGGCGUUAACCUUUGAGGGGAAAGAUAAGUACUCCACUUACAAGGAGUACCUCGAGCCCUUUCAAGAGAACAUGAAAACCCUGACGGAAGUGGGGAUCAAGAUAGAAACCACAGAGUACGAGGUGGAGCAAACCUGCGGGGCUGACUACGUUCUCAUGGCGGAGCUGCUGGGUCACUACGGGGCGUCUGGCGCCAAGGGGUGCUGUCUCUGUGAGCAGGUCAAAGAGAAUUACGGAAAGACCUACUUGAAGGACGGCAGGCGGGUCCCCCUCCCAGCAACCCCCCGAACGACGGAGAGCAUGGCGAUGGCCGCUCACCGACCUUGGACCACCGGACCAGGUGUGCAGUGCCAGUACUGCCACGAACCCUUCCCCGAUCAAAACGCAGUAGAUCAGUCCCCCGCACCCCAGACCAAGGCGGAAAUCACCAAGUUCCAGCAGACCCACGCAGGCAUCAGAUUCGGCACCCCCCCCCUCUUCAAGCUCCCAAUCACUGCCUAUGCCAUCUGUAUCCUGCACCUCCUGCUCCGCCUUAUGGCAAUCACCUUUCUGCGCACUAUCGUCGACAACCUCAACACCCCCGAGAAGACAGAUGCUGUCAACGCUCUCAUCAAAGCACUCCACCUCGGGUGCAAGAAGGUGGAGCAGAGGAAGGCGAGCGGGGACACGAGGAAAGACACGGAGAACAUCAACUUUAUAGGCCGGGAAGCAAGGGUGCUUCUGCACCCGACUGCCUACAAUGCUUUCCUGGACAUCGCCAUCACCGACGACGACAAGCGAGCAGACGCCAGAGCAAUCUGGGAUAACCUGGCAGCCGCCUACAGCGAGUUGCUGCAGCCCCUCAACAACCCAGCAGACAAGGUGGAGCGCACCGCAAAGAGCGUGGUUGUCCAAGACAAGCUCGUGGCUUACGUUGAGAGCUUCUCGGCACACGUGGGGGCAGGGAGAGCCACCCUCUACAUGCACCUCGCAAUGGACCACGUACCUGACAUGGUACGGCGCUUCCCCAUCGACAUCUCCGACCUCUCACAGCAGUUUGUCGAGCACAAGCUGAAACAAGGCAAAACGGACAUGCAGUUAUUCACUAACAAGAGGUUAGUGGAUGAGCGGCAGCAAAAGGGGCGAAACCUCCAGGUUAUGGCGAAGGGCAGAGAGCGCCUGGCCUUGGAGCAGUCUGUGAGCAUGCCGGCAACAAGGAACGAGCGGCGGUACCUCGGGGAUGGGAGCAAGGCAGCAGAGCAGACAAUUGAGCGGGCGCAGCGGAGGGGCCAGCUUGAGAGCAGAAGCAAAGCCCAGUUGGAAACCAAGCUCAAAAAGCUGGGGCCGGACAUCACACGGGUUUUCCUCGGGUACAAAGAGAUCAUGGGGAACCUCACCAGCUCGACAUCACUGUCGGAAGGCGAGGGGGGCAGCGCCAGCGCUCGCUUGAUGGUGGAGUCGGACAGCCUCACCCCAGUUCCAGACGUGGGGGGGGCUGCAGAGGGGGGGGGUGUGGAGGCUGGAGCGGCUGCAGGUGCGGACGGGCCUGCCUCGAGGGAGACGGCUGCUACGAGGGAGACGGCUGCAGCAGGCCGGGGCCGGGGGGCUGCACCAGCGGGGCGGGGGACUUGUGACGGUUGGACAGGGUUUACACGUCUGCCUGUCUACUUCACAUGUCAACGAAAUCCUGUCGAGAACGAGGUUAGGCUUAACCAGUCGUAA